AUGAUGCAGGAAGGAAAGGAAGAGGAUAAGGAAUCGUCACCAGACAAUGUAUAUGAUGAAGAAGAGAAUAACAAUGAUGAUUUUCAGCAAACGAGAGAUCGAGACGGGCAACACAUAAGGAGACGUCACAAUAACAGCAAUCGGGACGUUAUAGCUGAACACAAUGGAGACGACAGUCGUAGCCAUUGGGGUCCAGAGGUGACCAAAACUGUACCUGCUGAAGCUGCUGUUAUGGAUGAUGACGAAGGAAAGAUGGUUUACCGAGGAUCACAUCGCGGGAUGAUAGAAGACCAUAUGACUGAGAAUGUCUUUAGUCUCAUCUACACUGCUCCUGUGUGCUCAUCAGCGUUCUGGAUGGGAAUUCUUGUGAGCUUAUUCCAAAUUGCAAUGCCGUUUCUGGCAAUAUUGGACUUGAUUGUCUUUAGUAAUGACAAGAACCCACUUCAGGUUCCAAAUAGCGUAUCCUUACAGGUUCGAAUCAU